CUGAGAAGCAUUAUAGUUUACUUCAGCUCCUACCGUCUAUCGACAUUCACUGCUGCUGUUGGUGUUGGCUUCGAAAUUGAGUACAAGUUUCAGCAAAAGGGGGAAGAGUACCGUUCAUCGUCUUUCACGUUUUCUUUCGAACGAGUUAGACCAGAUGAGAAACUUUGCCCAUAUCCACUGCUUCGUUCGUCCGUUAACAUCACAAACGUUCCAGACAUCGAAAGACCGGGACCAAUUCGCUGUCCCUUCCGAGUAAUUUCAUCCGUACCGGGUCGAGAGAUCCUUCUGGAUUUCAACGUCCUAGCGGGAACAACAUUUCUUGAGCGGCAAGAAAAUGGCGAUUUCAGGAUCACUACACCUGAAGUUUUGAGGGUGUAUGUCAACAAAGCAUAUUUCGUACUCGAAGGCCUAUCUCCAUAUCACCCUCCACGCUACAGCAUCACUUUCAAAGAGAUUGUUGAAGACCCUUGUGACUGUAAUGAAAAUGACGUGGUUGUGAGUACGAGACCAGUAUACACAAUAUCGCCCGGAUUCCCGAUAACUUAUUGCUCUGGGUUCCGAUGCAAAAGACGAUUCAUCCACAACGACACAUUACGUCAUGGCCAUGAUUCCCAGUUGGCAUUUGCUGUCACUGUGCAUUUUCUCAGUACUCAGAAAACCGAUUAUCUUCAGUUCUACUCGGAUGGAAUCACUAUGGAACGAUUGAACGGGACCCACAAAGAUGUGCAGUUGGUAUUCAUUGGAGACACUAUGGAGACAGAAUUCGUUACAGAUGAUAAGAUUGAGCAGCAUGGAUAUAACAUGACUGUGAGAUCGAUUCAUAUCCCUACUGGUAUGUAG